CUCGGGGUCUUGUUGUAGGAGAAUGUUGGGUUAGAUAAUUACCAACAAGUUGGGUGAUCCCUUCCCUUCUGCUGCAGGACCCCCAUCUAAUCAGUGGAGCAGAACUGUAACUCACCACCUACUAUACUUGGGUUCCAUUUGGGUUUCUUGAAUAGAGACAGACAGAGCGCUGACUCCUAUACACCCACAGGCCUCAUUUGCACCAGAAACAAACUAUGAGGAUAAGGGCCGGAAACCCUGAUAUCAGCAUGACUUGGGCACUCGCUCUGAUCCCAACCUUGGCACUGAUGCACCUCUGUGAGGGGGACAGGACCCAAAUGCCCAGGAGAGACGUGUUCCUAUCAGAGGAGAUUGUGUUGGAUAUGGCCCCUAAAUCCUAUGAUGAUCAGUACAGGGGGUGCGCUGAGGCCAUGGAGGCCAAGAUCCCUCAACUCUUUCAAAAUGAGAAAUCCUUAAUCAAGACCUUUGUUGAUGCCUGGGGUAACGCCAGUAAGAGAUGGAUUUCUAUGAAGGAAACCACUAUGGUUCCCCCUGGAUUUAGGGAUGCGUACGCCAUAGCAACACUGGCCUACACCAAUCAGUAUCCAGCCAUUUACAAACCCUUCGGUGACGCAGUGCGCCAGGCCGGCCAGUCCAGAGACUUCUAUCUCAGAUACUUCCAUUUCAAGGUCCUAGACUUCUGCCUGACCCGGGCCCUUCAGAUGCUGAAAGCUGUGAAACCAACAAUUUGUCACAAAGUCUUCAGAGGAACGAAGGUUCGAUUCAGCGCUAAGAUAGGGAACAGCGUCCGGUUUGGCCAAUUCACAUCUUCAUCAACAGAUGACAGAGUAGCUGUGGCCUUUGGCCCUGACACCAUCUUCAUCAUCACAACCUGCCACGGGGCCAGCAUUGAGCACUUAUCCUUCUUUCCCGAUGAGAAGGAAGUGCUUAUCCCUCCCUAUGAGACAUUCAAGGUCACCGAUGUCAGAUCAGGGAGUGGAUAUAAUAAUAUUACACUUCAGUCUGUGGGAACCCAAAGUAACCGCAACUGUUGGUAUUUUAAAGCUGCGAGCCCCAGGAUGGGAAAUCAGCAGAUUAUUCCAGUGGAUUAGCUUCUGCUCCUGUGGGGCCCUGUGGGGUCUCUGCUCUUGCCCCGACCCCCUGAUUCCUACAGUCUGGAGAAUGGCCCCAUUCCCGCAAAUGUAACGUAGCAGCAUGCGGCGCCAUCUUCUGCCCGAUUUCCCUCUCAUUUCUAUUGUUUCUCAGCACAUUGAGAAUAUCAACUGCAUCUGCUGGGCCAAAACUGUGUUUUGUUCCUUAGGGGGAGGGGCUUAGGGGGAGGGGCUAAGUGUAUAUGAAAUAAGUGUAUUGCAUGUUUGCAUUUUCAUUCCAUCCCGUAUCACUGUUAGUGAAUGAACAAUCUCGGGGGCCCCACUGCACCCCUGAUAUGAUGAGAGGGAGCUCAUUGGUUGCUGUUGUGCCAGUGGCGCUGCCCAGAUCCCAUAUUACAUGGUGAUAGCCGGGGCGCCUCCUUGUAGGGGGGAACUCAAGCUCCUAGAGAUGCACCCUAAUCCUUAGGCUUUGCUGUGGCCCUUAGAAUCUGGUUGAAUUCUCUAUGCAAGAAACUCUGCAUCACUAUUUGCCAGAUUUGUACCAUGUGACUCAUGGGGAGGGAUAAUAUGCCCAUAAUACACCCUGAAACCAUUCUUUGUGGCCAGUACUGUAGGGGGCAAAUUUGAAACCUUGGUAGAACCUUGAUGCCCUGUGGUUGCCCCUUACCCUCCUCUAUUAAAUACCCUAUGGAGUAACCACAGCCUCUGAGACAUGGGCAUUUCCUAGGGGGCAUCUCACAUUAUUUAGAGGGGAGCCCCGGGUGGGUGGAUGAAAAUACCCCAUCGUUGGGUCUUCUGUGCUUGGCUUUGCUUCAAUAAAGUCUGCCCUGGUUCAUCCCAU